GUAUUCAUUCCGUGUUUCCGUCUAUUUUGGGUUCUCUUUUUACAAAGCGACUUAUAUUUCCGGUAUGGUGUCGGGGCAUGGCGCCGAAAAACAAGAAGGGAUGGUUUGUUAAAAAGGGACAUGGUAAACAAGUAACAGCAUUGUCUAAAGGUAGAAACACUCGUUGGAAUUCAGAUUGCUGUUCAAGUUCGAAUUUAGGGCCGAUUUUAUUCGCAGAACUUGAUCACAGUUACGACUCGUGUAGUGUAAAUAAAGACCCUGUGUAUAAUGUUUCAAGACAAGAAGACAUUGUGACAACCUUAUCUAACGAUGAAGAACCUGGAUGGCGAACGGGAAGGCGAGUUAUUGAGUUAGGAACUUUAGCAGAUGGUCUGAAAGCGUGUAAGCUAUGUAGCCAGCCAUUACAUUUGAUAAACACUGUUGGUGAGAGGAAAUUUGGGCUAGCGCAAAUUUUAGAAGUGAAGUGCACGUAUUCGGAAUGUGGCCUGGUUAAUGACAUUCCAACUGGAAGUAACCAUAAAACAGAGAAUGGAGGACAGGCUUGGGAUGUGAAUACCAAGUUAGCUGCAGGGAUGAUAAAUGAAGGUUUUGGGGAGACACACAUUAACAGUAUUCUUGCUGCCUUGAACAUUCCAAGCAUCACCCAAAAAGCACUUAAGAGGGGGGAGAGAGAAGUCGGACACCAACUUAAUUUUAUGGCAGAUGAAUCAUGCAAGAAGCAGUUAAAUAAAGAACUAGAAAUGAGUGAUGGAAAACUGACCGUUUCUUUUGAUGGUGCCUGGCAAAAGCGUGGGACUGGUCAUGCUUAUAACAGUCUAACAGGACAUGCCACAUUAUUUGGAAAAAAAACAAAGAAAUGCAUUAAAUAUGCUGUUAAAGGACAGAGAUGCAGGAUAUGUGAUGCGGCAAAGGACAAAGGAGUUUGUCCACGAAAACAUAACUGUUCACGUAAUUGGUCCGGUUCUUCAAAAGCCAUGGAACCGGCCAUGGCUUGUGAAAUGGUGCAGAGCAUUUAUGACGAUGGAGAAAAGGUAGAUACGCUUGUAAUGGAUAAUGAUUCCACUACUAUUGCUCGGCUUAAAGCCACAGUUGACAAUACCAUAUCCAAGCAGGCUGAUAAAAACCACACCAAAAAAGGGUUCACAAAUGCAUUGUUUGAGCUGAGCAACAACCACAAGAUCCUGAAGAAUACAAAAGUUCGCAACCAUAUAGAGAAAUGUUUCAUAUAUUGCGUAAGUCAAAACGAGGGCAAGCCAAAAGAAAUAGCUGAUGGAUUGCAGAAUAUAGUCCCUCACUUAUACGGAGAACAUGAUGGUUGUGGCUUAUGGUGCAAGAAUGAAAAAAAGGACUACAAACCAAGAAAUUUACCUUUUGGGAAACCAUUGAAUUGUGAUACAUACCAGUCAAAGAUUGGCAUUGAAGAAGAUUUAGAUCUUGAGGACAUUGAUCUCACUCCAGUAUCUUUUCCAAAGGAUGGUAGUGAAAUUAUUUUUGACUUGGAAACUACUGGUCUGGCUCGGACAUCUGAUAUUAUUCAGAUAGCAGCAGCCUCUGGAGACGAGGAAUUCAGUAUAUAUAUGACCCCAACAACAGAAAUUAGUAUUGGAGCUUCUGAGGCCACAGGUUUAACUUAUGUUGGAGGUGUCCUGAAACACAGAGGCCAGGCCGUGAGUUGUGUUACUCCCCAGGAAGGACUUUCACAGUUUCUAAAUUUCAUCAAGAAGUUUUCAAAGCCAAUUCUGGUGGGACAUAACAUUCAGAGUUUUGAUUUGCCAGUCUUAAUAAACCAAUUUUCUAGAUAUAAUUUAUAUACAGAUUUCCAUAAAACAGUGUUUGGAUUCAUUGACACAUUAAAGGUAGCAAAGAGAACAUGGAAAAGGCCUGAAGUUGAGAACUACAAGCAAGAAACAUUGGUCAGAACUUUUCUGGACUUGAAAUAUGAUGCUCAUAAUGCUUUGGCAGAUGUACAAUCCCUGCAAAGGUUGUAUAAGAAGAUGAUGGCAAACUGUCUUCUUUCAAGUGAUCUGUUUACUCUUAAUUACUAUGCAUGUAAGCAAUCACUUGACCCUUUAGUGAAAGACAAAGUAAUUUCAAGCCAAACAAUGAAGAAACUUCUUCAGUGCUCACUCAGUUUGUCCAAACUUAGAAGUAUUCAUAAACGUGAUACCUUUAAUGGAAUUAGAAAUGUGUUUGUGGAGCAAUGUGAAGGGUCAAAAGUCCCCAGAAUCUCCAAGUCUAAGGCAGUUAUUGAAAAACUCAUUACAUAUCUGAAUACAUGA